UUGUAUGAAUUUCACUUGCGCAUGUAAUGCGUCUACUUAAACGUCCUAGUUUGACAGUUUUGACAUUUCUGUAACCAAAGUGAAAGAAAAUGUACAUCAGCGAAUCGAAAUGUUUGUUUUCACUAACGUUUAAUGUAUAUUUUAAGCGAAAUCCUUUCAAUUCAUGUCAGUAAUUAACAUUUCCUCUCUCCGUAUUAGUGUGGUAUAGUGCCCAGACAUGCUGUGAAAUACGUAAAAGUGGUAAAAAAGGCAAAAUGUCGGGAAAAGAUAAGUGGGUCCGCCGGUUUUCAGUCGACGAAACAGCGAAACACAAAAAUGGUUUCACCAUUUACAAAAUAACUUCAGUGCUAUUCCCAAUCGACGCUCCAGAGGCAGUGACCGUCGUUUCCGUUUGGAAGCGCUACAGCGACGUCCGGCGCCUCCAUCGAAGCAUGUGCACCCUCCACGCCGGGCUACAUCUGCCUCCGAGGGGUACCUGCACUCUGCCGAGUACUAGCUACUUUCGCCGCUUCCAGAAAGAGGUGAUCGAGGAACGCGCAAAGGCUAUCAAAAGGGUCCUGGAGUUCAUCGCCGAGCACCGCCUCCUGUUCACGAGCACGGAGUUCGUUAAUUUCCUGCAGAGCGGGUACCCCGAGCCCGGCCCUGCUCGCGGCGCCAUCGACACCAUCCGCGCGGCGCUGCGCCUCUCCCCGCAGCCGCCACAUCCGUUAGAACGGGAGCGCAGCCCGCAGCGCACAGAUCAACCAGAGUCCCGCGACGAAACCGACUUCGCAUCCAUCCCCCAAAUACCAAUCUACGAAGCGGCCAACGUCGAAAUCAAACCGCACUCCUCCGUAGAAUCCCUCAACUCGCUCGAGAGCCUCAACGACGACUUAUACGACCAACUGACCAAGCUACAUGUACAAAACAAGACCGCCAUCAAAAAAGUCCUACCAGAUCUGAUUAACUUCGACGCGCCAUCUAGCUCGCGACUUGAGAACUACGCACCUAAGCUCUCAGAGACAUCGUCUUUGAAUUCGACGCUGUCGAGUCGAAGUAACAGUCGAAUAUCGUUAUACAGCAAGCCGUCCCUGUCUAACUGGGAGAGUCAGACGCAGACGGAAGAUGUGUAUGUUUUCGAGGCGGGGUACUUGCUGAAGAUGGCGGCGCGGUGCGAGGAGCGCGGGGACUAUCAGAGGGCGUUUGAUUUUUAUAAAUCGGGGAUUGAGAAGAUGCUUGUUGGAGUGCAAACUGAUUCGGACCCGCAGAGGCGAGCGCUCAUCAAAGAGAAGACCAACAAGUACCUCUCAUAUGCUGAAGAAAUCUAUAAGAACCAUCUCUGCGGCGUCAGUGAAACUCUAAUACAGGAGCCCGCGCCCACUCCUAUAAACUGCCCGGUGCCGCUGUCCAUGCUCCGGAGACCUUACGAAGACCUGGCGCUGUAUCGCGUGUUAGCCGUCGUAGCUGACACCAUGAUGCUAGUCCUACACAAGGGUGAACAGGCCUGCUACGCUAUGAAGGUGCUUCAAAAAAUCCCCAACAACCUAACAGAAUUCGACGAGUACUUCCUCCAGCGAACCACAGAGACCCGCCAGCCCGUACUGCCCACCAGCGUCCCCUACAUGGUUCCUCUCCACGCCUACAUCGAAACCAACUCUCUCAUCUUCCUCAUACUAACCUACGCGCCAGGGGAAAAGCUACUAGACUAUAUAAAGAAUUAUGUGAAGUCGGUACCAAGCACGCCAGCGAGAGAAGUUAAUCUAGAGAAUGUGUUUAGUGAGCCGGUGAAGGAGGAAGUGAAAGGUGAUGAAGUGGAGGAAUUAGUGAGGAAUUCGCAGACGUUGUUGAAGAACGUGGAUAGAGCGUUAAGGGAGGAAAAAGAGGAGGAAAAGGAUAAAGAGGAGAGGGGGGAAUCGCCGACGCAUUUUAGGUUAACGCCGAUGCCUCGCGCGGUGCUGCCUCCGUCGGCCGUGCGGAACUGGGGCGCGCAGAUUCUAACAGCUGUAGAGAGCUUACACAACGCUGGAGUUAUUUGCAGAGACCUGAACCCUACAAACAUCCUCCUAGGCGAUGGCGGACAGAUCAUCCUUACUUACUUCGCGGGCUACCCGUCAGACGUCUCUCUACCGCAACGAUCACUUUCUAUAUCAUCGGGUCGAAUCGACCUGUUUGUCGCACCGGAGCUGUAUAAUGUCUGUGCGGAAAUUGGGGAUGAAAGAUUGUGCGAUUUCUGGAGCUUUGGAGUCAUCAUGUAUGAGUUAUUAUGUGGAGUGCCGUUAUCACAGUACCACAAGAGCGUGUUCAUGAGCCACACCGUUCUGUGCCUGCCUGAAGAGUUGCCUGUCGAGGAGGAGUCUUUGCUUACACAGCUCCUCACAUACGACCCCGCCGAGCGCCUCGGUCGCGACGGCGUGCACGAGAUCAAGCAGCACCCGUACUUCCGGCACGUGGACUGGACGCACGUGCUCGACGACUGGAGGGUGCCCGGCUGAACAGUAACAUGUUCAGUUGCACACAAGAUACGCAUUAGUACGAAAAUUGUCCUGUGAUCGCAAAAAGCGUUAACUGGUACGCGACGUUUAAAGGGUUAAUAUGUGAAUAAGGUCUUACUGAAAAACUUUUAUUGUGGUACCUACCAAAAGGAAAAGGUGUUACAUACACUAUGGCUAGUCUAACUGAUAGCUUUCAUGGAUUUUUUUUUCGUAUUGGCGGUUGGUCCAACAGUAAAAGUGGCUUAGUGUAACUGAGACCUAUACAUUUUUUCACACCUUUUAGUUUUUACUAACGCAGUUGAAAAUAUUUUAGCAGUCAUCAAACCGUCUGUCACCGUUAAAGCUUUCGUUAAAUUGUAUUAUAUGGGAAGUUCCAUAGACGGCUGCUGCGUGACGAUGAUGUGUCUGAUGUGGUUGAUGCAACUGGCCUUUAGCGGUACAAGAGAAGUUGUUAUUUUAAAAUUUCUAUAUAUCUACACGAAAUUACUUCGGUAUAUUCAGUUCCUUCAAAAUUACAGAGGCUAAAACUAAUUCUUGUCAAAAUUAUGCAAAAAGGAAUCUUGAUUGAAUCUUGAAUUGUUAUUUUAUUUAGAUAAUAUUUAUUUAGAUUUUUAUUUAUUUAUAUUUUUUAUUGGUUUUAAUUUCUAUGCGCGUUGCCACACCAUUAUUGUAAGACGUAAUUUAGAUAUUUUUGAACUCUUAUCUAUUACAAUGUAUUUAAUGGGACUGUAAAGAUGAUACUAUUGAUAUAGUAUAUUAAUUAGUUACACAAUGAAGGCCGCGUGGUAAGAGCGUGUCUCAUAUUUUGGCAGCCUUCGAAGAGAAGGUAACAUAUUAUUGCAGGUCUGGGAAAGACUGUACGGUUAACAGCUGAUUUGCUAUGUGAUGAAAUAACUAUAUAUUUGGAUCUUAAAUCGUUCAUGGGAAUGCUUAGUUAACAUAUGUAACCACUAUACAUGCAACGGGCCGAAUCGACCCGAUGCCGCAGUGAACGUGUUAACCCGUUAAAUGACCAAAUGAUUAGUAAAAAUAGCCUACCAAGACAAAUUCAUCUGUAUAUUUAUUUGACAAUAAGACUAAUAAGUA